UUUAUAUAUUAUAUAAGGAAUUAAUAUUUAUAUAUAUAUAUAUAUAUAUAAAUUUAGAUAGAUAAAUAAAUUUUUAAAUAUAUUAUUAUUUAUAAAGUUUAAAUUUUAUAUGCUUAAUGUUACAAUUAAUUUUUUGUUAUAAUUAAAGAAAUUUGUUAAAAUUUAUUAUAUCAAAAAAUAUCUAAUAUUUAUAUGUUUAUCAAUUUUUUUAGCGCUGCAGUCAACAGUAAAUAUUAAAGCGAAAGCACAUCUAAUAUAUGUUUGAUUUUAGUCUCUAAACUUCAUAAAAGCCAUUUUGUGCAUUGUUCAAGUAAGUGUAUAAAAGUAGUGCUUAUCAUUUCAUUUUGAAAUGUCAAAACUUGAUUGAUUGGUAUUAUCGCAUAACCGCGUCUUUGACGCGAACAUAUGAUUAUUGUAAAACGACUGCUAAUAAACAUUAUCACGCACGUUGUUGAAAAAUCACAUACAGAUUUUGUGUAACAAAGAACUUUCCAAUAUCUUUUAUUAACCUUGGCCUGAUCAUCAUAACAAUGAUUUUUAUGAUUGAAUAGAAAUGAAAGCAUUAUGUGAAGUAAUAAAAUUAUAUCAAAUUACAUAAUUUAUACGGACUAAAUGUCAUAUGUAAUAUAACUAAUCAAAUUCCAUGAAUGUUUUUGAUAUAUUUAAUGUUGAUAUGUUAGAUCAAAUAAUAAUGUGAAAAACACUAUAAAAUGCAUCUAUUUUACAUUGCUACAUUACAUCAAGAAUUCUGUUGAUUCUAUGCAUUAUUGUGUUUUUAUGAUUUCAGUAUACAUUGUUUUGACAAAUUAUAACAAUGAGUAACGAAAGUUUACAAAAACAACAUCAAGAUAUUGAAGAUAUGGAAGCACCAUCAUCUUUGCUCACUUUUGAAAAUUUUAGUCAUUCUUGUGUAAAUGUGUGGAUGGAAAAAAUGAACAAAGGAGUAUUAACUUGUACCCAUUUUAAUGAACAUUGGCGAAUAUGGGUGCCAAAAAUAUAUAGUCCAGAACCAAAUAGUAACUGUUUAGAUUGGGUUUUUGAUGAAGAAACAGCACAAAAAAUACUUUUCAAUACUUUAGAGGAAUUUAUUUGCAAUGGAGAUCCAAAGACUAUAUUGAAAGAAUUAAGUCAAAUGGAUAAUGUGAUAUGUGGUAAAGUGUUCAAAAUGGGCGAAGCUACAUAUAGUUGCAGAGAAUGUGGUGUAGAUUCGACAUGUGUCUUGUGUGCAGAUUGUUUUAAGCAAUCAGCUCAUCGUAAUCAUAAAUAUAGAAUGGGUACUUCUAGUGGUGGAGGAUUUUGUGAUUGUGGAGAUAUAGAGGCUUGGAAAAAAGAACCAUUUUGUAAUAUACAUUUAGCUGGAAUUCAAGCUAAAGAAUCUCGUGGAAAUAAAUUACCUGGAGAUAUAGCAGAAAGAGCAGUGGUAACUUUUGAGGCAGUAUUAAGAUAUUGCCAUACAAUGUUAUCUUUAGAACAUACACUUGGAUUACCUCCUGAUUUAUGUUUCAAUAAUAAAGAAGAUGAUGAUCCUUUGUCACUUCUAUUAACAACAGAUGAUUAUUGUACAGUUCUUUUCAAUGAUGAAACUCAUACAUUUGAUCAGGUAAUUUCUACACUUACGCGUGUUAUGAAUUGUUCACAAAGAGACGCGCUAGAAUUUGUAACAAAUGUUGAUAGAGAUGGUAGAGCUAUUGUAAAAUGUGCUGAAUUUCAACAAUGUAAAGACUUACAGAAUGAAAUUGAAAAAUUUACUUCUAGACAUAGCAAUCGAGCUUUGAAGGUACUUGUUGUUCAUGCUCAUGUAAUUGCUCAUCAAAUAUUUGCCAUGAAACUUUUACACUGGUUACAGCAAUUUAUAAAUCCUUGUGAAGGUUUUAGAGUGCUUUUUAGUAAUGUUGCACUUAAUACAAAAUUACCAGUUAUUUCCAUUGUAGAAGGUAUACUUAUGAAAGAUUCACAGCUGUGGAAAUCUGCAAGAACAGCAUGGCACAGAUUAUUAAUGUCUGGAAUGCUUAUGGAAUAUGAAAGUAAAAAAGCUUUAGCAAUUGUUUUUACAUAUAAUUAUGGUUCUAUUAUGAAAGAUUACAUAAGAGAUGAUCAUGAUCAUUCAUUCUCUAUUGUUUCAUUUUCUGUACAAUUAUUUACUGUUCCAACAUUAGCACACCAUCUUAUUGCACAUCAUGAUGUGCUGUUUAUUUUAUUAAAUACUUUUAUUUCGGAAAGUUCACGAAGAUGUAAUGCAGCAGGAAAGUUGGAAUUUGAAAGAGAUACUCCUAAUACUUCAUUUAAAAGAGCUAUAUAUAUUCUUCAAGAUUUACGAUAUUUAUUAAGUUCUAAACCAGAUGUUUGGACUGAUGAAUUGAGGAAAAGUUUUUUACAAGGACUUUCACUUUUGCUUACAUUACUUAGUAGUAUGCAAUGUAUGGAUUCUGUAGUCAGACAAGUUGGUCAACAUAUGGAAUAUGAACCUGAAUGGGAAUCUGCGUUUAAUUUACACAUUAGACUAUCUCCAGUUAUUAGUCUUGCUUUACAAUGGUGUGGUUCAGAUCAAAUUGUUUUAAUAAAAGCUUUUCGGCUAGUUUUAAGAAGGCUAUAUGAACAACCAGGACAUGAAAUUGGUCCACCUCAAGUGGGAGAAUUAGCAGAUCAUAGUGCAACAUGUCUUCAAUAUGAUGUAUCAUCUGAACCAGUAUCUAUACAUCUUCCACUUUCAAGAUUUUUAGCAGGUCUGUUUCCAUAUCUUGAAAUGCAUGAUUUACAUUUUCAAUGUGCAGAAUUUAUUAAUCAUACAAAACCAACAUUAGAACAAAUUAUAGAACCGGUAUUAGCAACUCAAGUAAUGAUUGCGCAAGUACAUAGUGGUAUGUGGAAAAGGAAUGGAUAUUCUUUGUUGAAUCAGUUAUAUUUCUAUCAUAAUGUUAAAUGUCGUUCAGAAAUGUUAGACAGAGAUAUUAUCUUACUUCAAGCUGGAGCAUCUUUAAUAGAAAGUAAUGAAUUUUUAAUUCAUGUUUUAAAUAAAUUUAAUCUAUUGCGAUGGGCAAGUCCAGACUUUGAUGUGAAUGCUGUCAAAUAUUUUGAAGAUGAGAGUAUUAGACAGACUUUAGUUGAAGAAUUUUUGGGAUUACUUAUAACAAUAAUAGGAGAAAGAUAUGUACUUGGAGUUGGACAAGUUACUGCUGAUGAUAUUUUGAAAAAAGAAAUUAUUCAACAAUUAUGUAUCAAACCUCUUUCACAUUCAGAGCUUAGUAAAACUUUAUCAGAUGAUACAUAUUUGGAAACUGAGAUGGAAAGAGUGAUACAAGAUAUUGCAGAUUUUAAAAAACCAUCUCAAAUAUCAGGAGGAAAAGGAGUAUAUGAACUAAAACCUCACUUGUAUUCAGAAUAUAAUGUAUUCUUCUAUCAUUAUACAAAAGAAGAAGUAAGUAACUCCGAAGAAACACAACGAAAACGAAGAAAAACUUUAGGAGAAUUAGAAUGUUGUCCACCUCCUAAACUUCCUAAAUUAACAGAAGUAUUUAGUUUGGUAACUAAUUUAUUGCAAUGUGAUGUUAUGUUACAUGUUAUGCAAGUUGUAUUAGAAAGAGCACUUAAUUGUAGACCUCGUAGAUUUUCAGAAUCACAAGUACAUAAAAUUUUGCAUCUUAUUGGGUAUGCUCUUCAAGAACAAGAAUCUGGUUAUUAUCCUUUUUUCGCUUUUACAACAAGAGCUACAAAAUGGAAAAUUUAUAAGUUAUUAGAAGAUUUAUGUAAUAGUCCACGUAUAGAAGCUCAUAAAGAUUUAUUAACUUGGAUUUUAAAAAAAUAUAGAGAAGUUGCUGGUAAUACUCCAAUGGAAGUUAGUACAACACCUAUUGCACCACAUACAGAAAAUACUACAAAUGAAAAUGUUGAAACUGAUAAAGAAUGGAGGACAAAAAUGGCAGCAGAAAAACGUGCAAGAAUAAUGGCGCAAAUGGCUGCAAUGCAGAAACAUUUUAUGAAAAAGAAUGCUGAAUUGUUUGAAGAACCUGUUUUAGAUGUGAAUAAGUCUAAUGAUCAAGAUUCAAGUAUGAAUUCAAAAAAAUGUCUUCAAAAAACACCAGUUGCUGUUGGUAUUGGACAAACAUUAAGAAUUUCUGGUGAAGAAACUUAUAAAACUUGUAUUUUGUGUCAGGAAGAUCAAAUUGUAACAGCAGCUGGUCCAGCAAUGGUAUUAGCUGCAUUUGUUCAACAAUCUACUGUAUUGUGUCAAUAUAGAGCUAAUAUUGAUGAACCUGAUCCAUUAUAUCUUUCUGCAAAACUUGGUGCAUCACCACACACUGGUACUUGUGGUCAUGUAAUGCAUGUACAUUGUUGGCAAGAAUAUUUUAAUAAUGUACUUGCAAAAGAAAAUAGAAGACCAUUUCGUUUGCGACAACCAGCAAGUUUUGAUGUAGAAAAACAUGAAUAUCUUUGUCCACUUUGUGAAUGCCUCAGUAAUACUGUUUUACCUCUUUUACCAGCAUUGAAAACAUUACAACCAACUCCACAAAAUCAACCCGAACUUGAUUUUGGUACAUGGUUGGAAGCUUUAAGAAUUACAAUGCAAGUUAGAUAUGGAUUAAGUGGAAAUUUACACAAAGCAAAAUGUAUUAAAGACGAACAUGAUCCUACAUGUCGAUAUUGUAUAAUGCCUCUUGCAUGUCAUAUACAAGCUAUUCGUAAUGAACUUGGUAAUGUAGCAAGUAUAUUUGAGUCAAAUUAUAGUCAACCUAGUGUAUCUAUAUCAGAGAAUUUAAUAUCUACAAUUCAGCUUUUUGCACAAGCAACAUACACAAAAGAAUUUGGUACUGAACCUGAUGAAGAUGAUGAUAGAGUACCAUUAUUAGCAUGGAAAUCAACUGCAUAUAGUAUUCAUGCUAUAGAAUUUCUUUUACGUGAUAUGGAUAAACCUUUAUUAGGUGCUUUAUCAUCUAGACAAAGAGACAGUUUGGAAGGACUUGCAAGAAUCUCAGCUGUUUUAGGAUCUAAAUGUCAACUACGUACUGGGACAAAGGUGACGUGGGCAGAUAGAGAUAGUAUUCAAAAUAAUGCACUUUCUCUUUUAACACUGUUAUUAAAAAAUCCACAUGAAGGACCAAGUAUUCUAGAUUGGGAUCCAUUUGGAGUACUUGUUCCUUUGAUUAAUUCAUUUCCCAGUCUUUUCUGUACAAGUUUUAAGGCUGCACCAUCAAUUAUUACAGGUGGCAUAUUUGAAUUUUAUGCAUUACAACUCAUAUUUAUAUCUCUUAUAGUGAAAAUAUUAUUAAUAUCAGAUUUUAAUGAAGAAAUGGAUGUAGAUAAUCCAGAAACAACUGAAAAUACAUUUUCAGAAUUUAUCUUGACAUUGGCUCAAGUUCUAAACAUUAAUAUUGGUACUCAAACAGCUGCUAAUAUAUGGAGACGAGUCACAAAAGCUUCUUUACCUUUUCUUAGAUGUUGUGCUCUCUAUUUUCAUUAUAUAUCUGAUGUUCCAGCACCAGAGGAAUUAACUAAAAUAGAUGGAGCAACAUAUGAAAAUAUUUGUGCAUAUUUGGGAUUACCAACAACGUGUGAUGAAUUAAUAAAGCCAAAUUUAGAUAUAAUUAUAAAAUUAAUAAAUAUUUGGAAAAGUCACCCCACUAUUCAAUUGCAUCUAUCUGGUGCUAGUACAAUGACAAUUAUAAGAGAACCUUUGAAAGUUAAUAAAUUAGUGGAGCUUCCAGAAGAUUAUAGUGAAUUAAUAAAUAUGAUAUCAUCGUUUACGUGUCCAAAUAGCGUUCGGGAGGAUUCUAAAACUCCGACCCUGUGUCUCGUAUGUGGUGAAAUGUUAUGUUCGCAAAGUUAUUGUUGCCAAUUUGAACUGAACGAUGCGAUGGUUGGUGCGUGCACAUAUCACGCAAGUAAAUGUGGAGCUGGAGUAGGAUUAUAUUUACGAAUACGAGAAUGUGAAAUUCUUUUUUUAAGAAUUUCAAAUCGAGGAUCUUUCGCUUGUCCGCCUUAUCUUGAUGAAUACGGCGAAACAGAUCAAGGUUUACGAAGAGGAAACCCACUCCGAUUGUGUUAUGAUAAAUACAGGCAAUUAAAUCAAAUGUGGUUGGGGCAUGGACUAUAUGAAUCCAUAUCAAGGGCGAUUGAAUCUUCAAGUAGUCCUAUGUCAACUCGAUGGCAGCAUCUAUAACCAUCCUAGGAUUUUUAUGCUCUAGCUUGGACAUUUAAUUAUUGAUACUAAAUCUAUAUUUAAUAUAAGCAAUCAUAGUAAAUACUAUGAUUGUCAAUCAUUUAUUCUAUCAUCAUAAGAAACUGAUGAAAUUAUUUAUUUUUGGGGAAUACAGUGUGGAUUUGUACAUUUAAAAUGAUUGGAUGUUAUUAUUGUUACAAUGUCUUGCUGCCUUUUAGAUUAUUUCAGAGUUUACAGAAUUUUCUAUUAUCAUUGUGUAAAUUAAAUAUAAAUUUCUUUAUAAUUAUUGACCAGAUGUUGUAUGAACAUUGUUGCUUGUAGAAAUUAGUUUGUAAUAUUAUUUGAAUAAUUGUCACAUUGUUUACAAAAUUCUAGAAUCAUAUAAAUAUUUAAAGAUGUAUAAAUGAAAAAUGUUUCUGAAUUAGCUAUUUUAAGAUACUUCUAUUGAUAAAAUCAUUUUUCUUAUCAUUUUACAGAAAUUUCAUAAAACCAUCUAAAUCAUCUCAUGUCAUAAAUUGUUACAAAUUUAAAAAAGUUGAAUAUGUAAAAAUUUAAAAAUGUAAGCUAUAAAAACAAAUGAUUUUGCAAUAAUCAAAUAUUUAUUUUAGUUUCAAAAUUUCCUAAUCAGUAAUGAUACAUAUAGAUAAAUGUUGAAAAAAACACAUAAAUUAUUUAAAAAAAUUCAAAUAAAUAGUGUGACAUAACAUUUGUUUUCUCAUUACUAGUCUUUUAGUACAUAUUUGAUAUAAUAAUAUAAUUUGAUGAUAUCUUCUUUUUGCAUAACAUUAAUGAUUUUAUAUUAAUUAUAUUAGUUUUUUGCUUCCAAUAUUGCAAUAUAUUAAAUUGUAUACUGUACAGUUAUUUAAUAUAGAUUUAUUUAUGUAUAGGUUUAUAAUAGAUACAAUGUGUAAAUAUUACGUAUAUUCUGAAUUAAUUCACCAAGUUAAAAUCCUUAAUUAAUAAUUACAAAUAUAAUUAUUUUUAAUUUUGCUUAUAUACAUUUUAAUAUAAGCAGUAAUAACAAAAAAUAAUAAUACAUAUGAAAUAUUUAGAUAAUGUUUUCAGAAAAAAUUUAUAUUGUUAGUAAGAGAGAACAAUGUAGUUUUAAUCAAAUUAUGUUUUUAUGAUUUUUUUUUGUAAGUAAUGUAAUUUGUAUUGUAACAGUGUAAUCUGUAUAUGAUUUUUUGUUUUUAAAGUGUAAUUUGUAAUUGUUUGCUUAAGUACAUUUAGGAAAUAGUGUUACUAAUAGUAACAAAAAAUAUUUUAUUUUCUUGAAUAUUUAAUAAUAUUUUUUUAUAUCGAAUUAUUUGUGUAUUUAUGAUAAAUUUUCUAUGUUAAAAAUCCUUUAUUUUUUAUUUAUUAGGAAAAAUUAUAUAUUUAUUGAUCAUCUAUAAUAUAUGAAAAAAUUGUAUAAAUUUAAAUAUACAUAUAUACACACACACACACACACACAUAUGUUUUAAACAAAUAUUUUAAUUUAUGAGAAAGAAAAUGAAACAGUUAUUACGAAAAAAAAUUUGAAUUUAAAAACAAGAUGUACGUUAUAAAUAAUAAUAUAAUAAUGUUUUUAAUAAUUACACGUAAUAACUUCUUUUAAAAAUUGUUAUAUAUAACUAAAAAUAAUUUAUAAUUGUUGUUUUUUAAUUAAAACUGAAAGUUAUCGACUGUUGGUUAAUAACCUCAUUAAUAUUAACAUUGGAAGUGCCAUUGAAGGGUAAGAAUUUAAUAUUAACAUCGAUUGAAAUAUAUAUAUCUAUGAAAUGAUUAUGAAGAUUUAUAACCAUUGUUAUUGUUAUAUUAGUAAAUUAUAUUUGUUUCGUUUUUGUUUAUUUAUAAUUUUGUCAAAAAUUAUAUUAUUUUUGCAAUUUUUGCAAUUUUGUUUUAAUAGAUAUAAACACAAGUACAAUAUUUAAUAAUUUAUAUUAUUUUAUAAUUUUAUUGAUUAUUUUAAGAAUGUUUUUUUUUUACUUCAAUAUAUCAAUUUGAAAAAUAUGAACUAAUUAAUAUGUUUAUAGCAUAUACUUUUAUAAACGAUGUAUUUUUUGCACUUAUUUUUGAAUAGUAAAAUUAUAUUCAUAUUAAAUAAUAGCAUUAUUUAUUUUUAAUGUAAGAAAAAGACAAUAAAAUUAUCACUAUGUAGUUAAUUUUAGAAAAUUUUUAUUAACCUCAUAAGAUAAUGUAUAUGAUGAAAAUAACAAAUAUAAAAAGUUCUAUAAAAAUUUAUUAAAUGUUUGAUAACAAUAUAAAUUUUUAUAAAAAAAAAUAUAAUGAAUUUUUUAAAGAAAAAUAUGAAAUUUCUAGAAAAUUCUCUAUAUUUCGACAUUAAUUCACAUACAUAUGUAAGAAAAUGCGCAGUCGCAGAAGAAAGUAAAGGGUACUACUCGGCCGACAAGAGGAUGGAUCACAGUGUUGCGUAGUAAGAAGGAAGAUUGUUUCAUUGGUAGCAGGAUUUGUGUUUUAAUCUUAUGAAAGGAAUCAGUACGAUGAUGAAUGACACCGGUUCACGUUUCUACGUGCGCUGUGUGAGCAUAUCAAUGGAAAAUGUCAGGACUAAGUGUACGAGCAGUGAUAAUGAAUUGUGAUCCUAGUAGUUGUCCUCGUUUGAUAAAAGAAUCUUCAUUGGGUGUUCGUCUUUUUCCUGGUCGUUUACGUUGGUACUCGGUAAUACUGAUCUAUCGACACGGUCAACCGUGGAAUGGCAGCAGCCUUAAAAAAGAAUCAUUCACGCAGAAGGUUGGCCGCGCUAACAUUUCUUUCGAACAUCUCUCUCGAUGGCAGCCACCGCGACACCAAAUUAGCUGUUCUUUCACGGAAUGGUGUUGCUCAUACACGUACCCUCAGUGAUAGUCAAGCACAUCAAGUUGAUGUUCGUCAAUCUGAUUUGACCGUUUCUACUGAAGAAGUUCUCGAUGACUGUACUGAAGAGCAUUUAAUAUCAUCAUCUACAAAACAAACAAGCUCUCCACAAUUAGUGCCAAAAAGUGGUGAACACAAUUCAUUUAGUUCAAAUUCUGACGGGUUAUUGACUCCUGCAAAGGCAGCAGUGGCUGUAUUCCUAGAACAAGAAAGAAAUUAUCCACAGCUUUCUACAGGAUUUCAUAGUUCAUUCAGAGAACGGUAAACAGUUUGAGUUUUUUUAAAUGAAAGAUAUAUAUUUCGUUUCUUCAAUUUUACAGACUUAAAUAAGUUUAAUUUCUUGUAAUUUUAUAAUUUAUAUUUAUAUUUAUAUUAAAUAAUUUCUAAAUUAUUUAUGUUAGGAAAAGAAAUUUAAAUUGUUUAAGUUGUUUUACUAUUUUUUGUAAAUUAUGAAAUGUAUCAGAUAUAAUUUAAAGUUUAUUAUCAAUAUUACUUAAAGUUUAUUAUGUGUUCAAAAUAUGAAUAAUUAAAUUGUUGAUUUUAUUACAUAUUACAAUAUAUAUUGCAAUAGAUUAAAAUAAAUAAGUAUAAUAAUAAA